AUGGCAAACCAAAUUUUGGUAUUGACAGUCCUAGCCAUGACAUGUACUUUGGUCAUUGCCUUUGAGCCUAGUCCACUGCAAGAUUUCUGCGUAGCUGACACUACUAGCUCAGUACCAAGAGUAAAUGGCCUACCUUGCUUAGACUCCAAGUUAGCACAAGCUGACCAUUUCUUCUUCGGAGGGCUUCACCUUGCCGGAAACACCUCAAACCCUCUUGGAGUUAAAAUCACUUCAGUCAAUGUGGCUCAAAUUCCAGGACUCAACACCCUCGGCAUCUCACUUGCUCGUAUUGACUAUGCACCGUGGGGCGUUACCCCUCCUCACACUCAUCCUCGUGCCACUGAAAUUCUAACAGUCUUGGAAGGCCGUGUUGCUGUUGGUUUUGUGACCUCUAACCCCGACAACAAGCUCAUCUCUAAGGUGCUCAACAAGGGUGAUGUGUUUGUUUUCCCUGUUGGGCUAGUUCACUACCAGCAAAAUGUGGGUAAUGGAACUGCCGUUUCACUCUCUUCUCUGAGCAGCCAAAACCCUGGAGUCAUCACUAUUGCUAAUUCAGUUUUUGGAGCGAAUCCCUCAAUUUCGGAUGAUGUUCUAUCCAAGGCUUUUCAGGUGGACAAAUCCAUAAUUAGUAAUCUUCAAGCAAAAUUUUAG